CAAGAACCAGUCCAGCACGGAGCCUCGCCUGGCCGACCGCUGCGCCGUGCACUCUUCUUGGGGGGACUGCACAACAUUCCUGUGAAAUAUAACUGCUUUUAAUGGCAUGUGGCUUGUAACUUUACUUCUGCUGUAUUCUUUGCAAGAAGUCAACAGUGAGGAUGUUGUCUCUACGCGGCUGUACUUUGUGAACGCCUCCCUGCAGCGGGUGACCUUCUCCAGCUCGGUGGGGGUGUCCCUGCCCUGCCCUGCGGGCGGCGCCCCCCAUGCCGUCCUGCGCUGGUACCUGGCCGCCGGAGACGACAUUUACGACGUGCCCCAUAUCCGCCACGUGCAUGCCAACGGCACCCUCCAGCUCUACCCUUUCUCCCCCUCCGCCUAUAACAGCAUUAUCCACGACAAUGAGUACUUCUGCACCGCCGAGAACCAAGCAGGCAAGAUUCGUAGCCCCAGCAUCCACAUCAAAGCAGUGUUCAGGGAGCCCUACACAGUCCGUGUGGCCGACCAGCGCACCAUGCGGGGUAAUGUCGCCGUAUUCAAGUGCCUCAUCCCCUCAGCUGUCCAGGAGUACGUCAGCGUGGUGUCCUGGGAGAAAGACACUGUCUCCAUCGUCCCAGGUAACCGUUUCUUCCUGACCUCAUUUGGCGCUCUGUAUAUCUCAGAAGUGCAGAAGGAAGACGCUCUGUCCACCUACCGCUGCAUCACAAAGCACAAGUACAGCGGAGAGACUCGCCAGAGCAAUGGAGCCAGGCUCUCUGUUAUGGACCCUACGGAGUCCACCCCGUCAGUGCUGGACAGUUUCCAGUCCGGUGAGGUGCAGUUGGGGCACAGCGUGGAGCUGCCCUGCAUCGCAUCCGGAUACCCAAACCCCACCAUCCGCUGGCUGAAGGACAGUCGGCCAUUACCUGCAGACUCCCGCUGGACGCGGCGCAUCACGGGCCUCACCAUUUCUGACUUGAGGCUCGAGGACAGCGGCAACUACAUCUGCGAGGUCACCAACAGCUUCGGCUCCAAAGAGGUGACGGGUCACCUCAACGUCAUAGAGCCACUGCGGGUCACCUUGUCUCCGAAGAACCUGAAGACAGGGAUCAGCAGCACCGUCAUCCUGUCCUGUGCUGUUCAGGGUUCCCCGCACUUUACCGUGUCCUGGUAUCGUAACACAGAACCUGUCCUGCCAGAUCAACACUUUUCCAUCCAGGGGGCUCACAAUGAGACAUUGUUCAUUUCUGCUGCACAAAAGAGACACUCGGGAGCUUACCAAUGCUUUGCAACACGCAAGGGCCAGACCGCCCAGGACUUCUCCAUCAUCCUGCUGGAAGAUGGUACGCCCCGUAUCGUAGCCUCCUUCAGUGAGCGGGUGGUGGUCCCGGGUGAGCCGUUUUCCCUGAUGUGCGCCGCCAAAGGAGCUCCGCCCCCCACCAUCACCUGGACGCUGGACGACGAGCCGGUGGCCCGGGACCUGUCGCGUGUCCGAGCCAGCCAGUACACGCUGUCAGACGGCAGCACCGUGAGCCACGUCAACGUCAGCAGCCCGCAGAUCCGUGAUGGAGGAGUGUAUCGGUGCGCCGCACGCAACUCGGCCGGUAGCGCCGAGUACCAAGCGCGCAUAAACGUAAGAGGUCCACCGAGGAUUCGGCCUAUGAAGAACAUCACUGCAGUGGCAGGAAGAAACUCGUUCAUAAACUGCCGUGUGAUUGGUUACCCUUAUUACUCAAUCAACUGGUACAAGGAGGGGCUUCUGCUGCCUGACAACCAUCGCCAGGUGGUGUAUGAAAACGGGACUCUGAAGCUCAGCGAUGUUCAGAAGGGGAUGGACGAGGGCGCCUACGUCUGCAGCGUGCUCAUCCAACCGCAGCUCUUCAUCACGCAGACCGUCUACGUCACGGUCAAAGUUCCUCCACUGAUCCAGCCAUUUGACUUUCCACCGACUUCCAUCGGUAAAUUGAUGUACAUCGCCUGCGUGGUGUCGUCUGGAGACAUGCCCAUACGCAUCACGUGGCGCAAGGACGGGCAGGAGAUCGUGCCCUCCUCGGGCAUCACCAUCGACACAAAGGAGUUCAUGAGCUCACUUCAGAUAUCCAAGGUGUCGCUCAAACACAACGGCAACUACACCUGCAUCGCCAGCAACGACGCCGCCACUGUCAGCACGGAGAGGCAGCUCACAGUAACAGUGCCUCCUCGGUUUGUGGUUCAGCCCAAUAAUCAGGAUGGGAUCUAUGGGAAGGCUGGGAUCCUAAACUGUUCAGUAGAUGGAUACCCUCCUCCUAAGGUCAUGUGGAAGCAUGCCAAAGGUGCACUAGCGGGUAUUGGGAAUCCGCAGCAGUACCACCCUGUGCCUCUGACGGGCCGUAUCCAGAUCAUGAAUAACGGCUCUCUACUCAUCAGACAUGUCCUGGAGGAAGAUCGUGGCUUCUACCUCUGUCAGGCCUCCAAUGGCGUGGGCUCAGACAUCAGCAAGAGCAUGGUCCUCACUGUUAAGAUCCCCGCGAUGAUCACCAGUCACCCCAACACCACCAUGGCUAAGAAGGGUCACCUGAAGGAGCUGAACUGCACAGCCAGGGGAGAAUGGCCCAUCAUCAUCCGCUGGGAGAGAGGGGACACGGUCAUCGACCCUGACCGCAACCCCCGAUACUCCAUUACCACCAGUCCCAAUGAGAAGACAGACGAGGUGUUGUCUACGCUCAAGCUAAAGCCAGCAGAGCGUGAGGAUUCAGUCUUCUUCUCCUGUCAUGCUAUCAACUCUUAUGGAGAAGGACGAGGCCUUAUCCAGCUCACUGUGCAAGAGCCCCCUGACCCUCCAGAGUUAGAGGUGCGAGAAGUGAAAGAUCGCAGUAUGAACCUCCGGUGGACACAGAGAUUUGAUGGAAACAGCGUCAUUACCUCAUAUGAUAUUGAGUAUAAGAACAAGACAGAUACCUGGGAGCUGAAGCAUGCCACUCGAAACAUCUCCCCCACCAACAAUCAGGCCAACAUAGUGGACCUUCACCCCGCCUCGGUCUACAGUAUCCGCAUGUACUCCUACAACGCAAUAGGCAAGAGCGAGGCCAGCAAGGAACUCACCAUCAGCACAGAGGAAGCACAGCCUGAUGGUCCUCCCAUGGAAGUGAUCCUGCAGCCGGUGACCUCUCAGAGCAUCAGGGUCACCUGGAAGGCUCCCAGGAAGGAACUGCAGAACGGGGUGAUCCGGGGUUACCAGAUCGGCUACAGAGAGAACGGCCCGGGCAGUAACGGCCAGUACAGCAUCGUGGAGAUGAAGGCCACUGGAGACAGUGAGGUCUACACCCUGGACAACCUGAAGAAGUUUGCCCAGUAUGGUGUGGUUGUCCAGGCCUUUAACAGAGCCGGCACAGGACCCUCGAGCUCAGAGAUCAAUGCUACAACACUGGAAGAUGUGCCCAGCCAGCCUCCUCAGAAUGUGCGAGCCAUUUCUGUGACAUCAGACGAGGCAGUGAUCACGUGGGCGGAGCCUCCCCGGAUGACGCUGCACGGCGUGUUGAAGGGAUAUCGCGUUGUGUUCUGGGCGGUGUUUCCAGACGGAGAAUGGGGUGAAAUGCAAAACAUCACAACCAUCAAGGAGCAGGUGGAGCUCAAAGGCCUGGAGAAGUUCACCAACUACAGCAUCCAGGUUCUGGCCUACACCCAGGCUGGAGACGGAGUCCGCAGCAACGUCCUCUAUAUCCAAACACGUGAAGACUACCCCGGACCCCCAGCUGGCAUCAAAGCUGUGCCCUCCUCCGCCAGCAGUGUGGUGGUGUCCUGGUUACCCCCUCACAAGCCAAAUGGAAUCAUCCGCAAGUACACCAUCUACUGCUCCAGCCCCGGGUCAGGCCAACCGCUGCCCAGUGAGUAUGAAGCCAAUCCAGAGCUGCUGUUCUACAGAAUCACUCACCUCAACCACCGGCAGCAGUAUCUGAUCUGGGCCGCAGCCGUCACCACUGCAGGCCGCGGGAACUUCAGCGACAAAGUCACUGUGGAACCAGCGGCCAAGGCUCCUGCUAAGAUCCUGUCAUUUGGAGGCACAGUCACCACUCCCUGGAUGAAGGAGGUGCGACUGCCCUGUAGCUCAGUGGGAGAACCUACACCUACUAUAAAAUGGACCAAAGACAGUGAGGACACAGCCAUCCCAGUGUCUCUGGAUGGACAGCGUCUCAUUCUGGCCAACGGGACUCUGGUGCUGCGCUCCGUCAAAGCUGAAGAUUCUGGUUAUUACACCUGCACGGCCACCAACACGCUGGGCUUCGACACCAUCAUUGUCAACCUUUUGGUACAAGUCCCUCCUGACCAGCCUCGUCUAACCGUGUCCACCACCUCCACCUCCUCCAUCACUCUGGCCUGGAUACCAGGAGACAACGGAGGCAGCUCUAUCAGAGGUUUUGUGUUGCAGUACUCUGUGGACAACACAGAGGAAUGGAAAGAUGUUUUCAUCAGUUCUACUGAACGCUCAUUCAAGUUGGACAACCUGCGCUGUGGCACCUGGUAUAAAGUGAAGCUGGCUGCAAAGAACAGCGUCGGAGCCGGACGCAUCAGUGAGAUCAUUGAGGCAAAGACCCACGGGCGAGAACCACAGUUCAAUAAGGAUCAGCCGGUCUUCACUCACAUCAACUCCAGCCACGCCCGCCUCAACCUGCAGGGCUGGGCUAGUGGAGGCUGUCCAAUCAGCGCUGUCACUCUGGAGUUUAGACCAAAAGGUACGUGGGCGUGGCAGAACGUACGCACCAACGCCACCACAGACGUGUUCCUGGCGGAGCUGCGUGAGGCCACCUGGUAUGAGCUGAAGAUGAAAGCCUGUAACAGCGCCGGCUGUGGAAACCAGAGCUCCCAGUUUGCAACACUGGAUUAUGACGGCAGCACAAUUCCACCAAUCAAAUCCCCGCUGGAAAAGAACGAUGAUGUCAAGAAGCUGUUUUCGAUUGGCUGUCCUGUGAUCCUGGUCACUCUGGGUGUUGCGUUGCUCUUCAUCAUUCGCAAGAAACGCAAAGAAAAGAGGCUGAAGAGACUAAGAGAUGCCAAAAGCCUCGCAGAGAUGCUGAUCAGUAAAAACAACCGCAGCUUCGACACCCCGGUGAAGGGACCUCCACAGGGCCCACGGCUACACAUCGACAUCCCCAGAGUGCAGCUGCUUAUUGAGGACAAAGAAGGCAUCAAGCAGAUCGGUGAGGACAAAGCAACUAUCCCUGUGACAGACACAGAGUUCAACCAGACAAACCCUCAGAGCUUCUGCACAGGUGUGUCGGUCCAUCACCCGGCCCUCAUCCAGAACACCGGCCCUCUGAUCGACAUGUCAGACAUCAGACCAGGAACCAAUCCAGUGUCUAGGAAGAGUGUAAAGUCGGCCCACAGCAUCAGAAACCGCUACUCCAGUCAGUGGACUCUGACCAAGUGCCAGGCCUCCACGCCAGCCCGCACGCUCACCUCAGACUGGCGCACAGUCGGCUCCCAGCACGGCAUCACCGUCACAGAGAGUGACAGCUACAGCGCCAGCCUCUCACAGGACACAGAUAAGGGUCGCAACAGCAUGGUGUCGACAGAGAGCGCCUCCUCCACCUACGAGGAGCUGGCCAGAGCGUACGAGCACGCCAAGCUGGAGGAGCACCUGCAGCACGCCAAGUUUGAGAUUACUGAGUGCUUUAUCUCUGACAGCUCCUCUGAUCAGAUGACCACAGGAACCAAUGACAAUGCAGACAGCAUGACGUCCAUGAGCACACCUUCAGAGCCCGGAAUCUGCCGUUUCACUGCCUCGCCACCCAAACCCCAGGACUACGACCGUGGCAAGAAUGUAGCUGUGCCCAUUCCACACCGCGCCAAGAGUGACUACUGCAACCUCCCCCUCUACAUGAAGUCAGAUCCCUUCUUCCGGAAGCAGUCGGAGCACCAUGACCCGUGUCCAGUGGUUCCUCCACGUGAAGCCUCCAUCCGUGGCCUGGCCCAGCGGGCGUACCACACCCAGGGCCGUCAUGUGACUAUGGACUCUGCCAAGCAGCAGGCCCUGACCAUGGGCCACUCUGGCCUGUCCAACCUCAGCUCCUCUGGAGGAGCAACAGGAGGCUGUGGAGGAGGUAGUGGAGGAGCGUCUGCUAGCUCCAGCAGCUCCACGCUCCCCCAGAGGACUCUCACCAUGCCGGGCUCCUCUGCCUCCGUGGCCCAGAGCGCAGCGGCAGCCGCUGCUGCGACCGCCGCCGCCGCUGCUGCUGCAUCAUCGUCCUCCGGCGCCACGGGAGGGACUCCUGGAGGAGCCUCCUCGUCCUCCUCCAAGAUGGGAGGAUCCAGAGACUCUCUCCUGGAGAGCAGCUCCUCGGGCUUGGGCAGACUGCAGAAGCAGAGGGAUGGGAGGGAGGGAGGGGCGGGGGCCUACUCCAAGUCGUACACUCUGGUGUAGCCUGCCAUCACCGCGGCCUCUCACUGUAACUCUUAACAGGACGCUGGGCACGCCAGCACUCGCCUGGAGCCUCUAAAGGAAAAAGUGGGAUGAGGAACAUACACAUGCACAGCUGACCCGUCAGUGCCUGCGCUGUGCCAGGCUGCAGGGGGCUGGUUGGGUUCCCAUUGACACUACUGUAUGAAGGGGUCAGAGUUGGGUCUCCACAGCACAGGGGUUUGCCUUUCUUUCUGCCUGAUUGCUUUCUAUUAUUAUUAUUGUGUCAUCUUUCUCUUUCCCUAAUUUCAUCACCCUGGAAAAUCACUUGCCAAAACAUAAAAUGAUUCAUCUGUUCACCUCAUGCUUUCAUUUUCCUGGUAAGGACACAGUACUUAUGCACAAAAUGCUUUCCACGUGCACUGUCUUGUUUUCUGGAUCAAGACAGUCGUAGAAUGAACCAGGUUGCUUGAGUUUUU